AUGGACAAGCUUCUUGAGCACCCUGAGUUCACUGGUGGUAUUAGUCGCAUUCGCCAUGCUGCUUUUGUCACUGGCGAAGAGUCGGGUUGGGCGAAUUUGAAAGCCCAGGUUGAUGCCGAGACGUACGAUCCUUCGGUUAGCAACUUGCGGUCUAGUCAUUCUUCAACGUUGGAUGAUGCUUUACAGGGUUUCGCCACUAUGGAUUUUGCUGGUUUGCUUAGAUUAGGUAAUUUGGACGUUGAUGCGGUGAGAGCAUUGUGUACUUUUGAUGAUAGUGACGAAGGUCUGGGUGAGUUAGGUGCAGGUACUAUUGGCGGUGGGCGGGAUGGUGUUGGUGGGAGUGGCGGUGGUGAUGGUGAUUGGGAUGUUGGUGGUGCUUGUAGCGUUGGUGCUGUUGGUGAUAGUGGUGGAGAUGGUGAUGGGGAUGGCGGUGGUGUUGAUGAAACUGUCUAG